GAUGGCGGCCACCGCGGGUAGAUCGCUGCUGCUCCUCCUCACCCGGACUCCCGGUGGCGGAGGAGGAGCGGCGCUGACAGCCGCCGGCCGCUUCCCAGGGCUGGCGAGGCACCGUCAGCAGCAGCGGCACAGGACGGCACACCAAAGACUUCUUCCAUGGCAGACCGUAAGAGUGGUUUAUUGCAGUACUAUAGUGCCAUCUGAUGACGUUACAGUGGUUUACCAAAACGGGUUACCUGUGAUAUCUGUGAAUCUUCCAUCUCGCCGUGAGCGCUGCCAGUUUACACUUAAGCCUAUCUCAGACUCAGUUGGAGUGUUCCUACGGCAACUACAGGCAGAAGACCGGGGAAUUGACCGAGUUGCAAUUUACUCACCAGAUGGGACACGUGUAGCCUCUUCAACAGGCAUAGAUCUUCUUCUUCUUGAUGAUUUCAAACUAGUAAUUAAUGACUUGACUUAUCAUGUUCGUCCACCAAAGAGAGAUCUCUUAAGUCAUGAAGAUGCAACCACGCUGAAUGAUGUGAAGACAUUGGUUCAGCAGCUGUACACUACACUGUGCAUUGAAGAACACCAGCUGAAUAAGGAGAAGGAACUAAUUGGCCGAUUAGAAGACCUCAGACAGCAGUUAGCACCCCUGGAGAAGGUUAGGAUGGAUAUCUGCAGAAAAGCAGAGAAGAGGACAACCUGGGUGCUGUGGGGUGGGUUGGCUUACAUGGCCACUCAGUUUGGGAUUCUUGCCCGGCUCACCUGGUGGGAAUACUCUUGGGACAUUAUGGAGCCAGUCACCUACUUCAUCACAUAUGGUAGCGCCAUGGCAAUGUAUGCAUACUUCGUAGUAACGCGUCAGGAGUAUGUAUACCCAGAUGCCAGAGACAGGCAGUUCUUAUUGUUUUUCCAUAAAGGAGCCAAAAAGACGCGUUUUGACCUAGAAAAAUACAACCAACUCAAGGAUGCUAUCGCUCAGGCAGAAUUGGAUCUCAAGAGGCUUCGAGACCCCUUGCAGGUGCAUUUGCCUGUCCGACAAAUCAGUGAUAAAGACUGAUCUGCAGAGGACCUCUGAACCCUGGCAGAACUGGCGAACAGUAGCUCUCACCUCUUUAAUUAAAGCAUUGCAGUUGGAAGCUGGGAGGUCCUCUGGGGUGGAGGACUUUUUUAUCAUUCAAAACAGAACAAGGACCUUGGCUGGGAGGGGGCAUUGUGUUCGACCAGAAGAUCAGGCAUUGUGGGAUGUUAAGUCUUUUUAAAGGGCUUGGCGAAUAUUGUCACACUCAAACUUUCUUUCUGGAUGAAAAUACAUAUUUAAGAGUUGGGCAUUUCAUGUAGAGACUGUAUGUGCAGGCCUGUUUUUCCAGCUUUGCAGUCUGCCUCUUGAUGGUGCACCAGCAGCCUGCUUAGCUGUUUUCUUUCAUUCUUUUUUUUUUAAACCAAUAAUACAAGUGCACUAAGUGAAAAAAAAUCAAGCAAUCUUACAAAACUAUGGCUGGUGAUCUGAAAAAUGAACUUUGCCUCCAUUUAACAUGCACUCUAUACUGGACCUCUAGAUUGUGUCUUUCCAUAAUAUCAGUGUGAAACUACUCUUUAAAAAAUAAAUCAUGAACUUCCCUUCUUUGCCCACAUACUAAUAAACAGAUUUCCUUCUUCACUGAAUGAUUAAUGAUGUAAUCAGUUUUAUCAUGAUCACAAAGUGAAUAACCCUUGUUCUGAACAUUUGAUAAUUGUCACUGGGAAUUAUUCCUGUGAACCUGUUAACUUCAUGUCCCACUGUCCUGGAUCUACUUCUGCAUAUAAAUUGUGAUGUUGCAUGAGAAAAUUCUUUAUAUUCAGUCUUAAGGGAGCAAAGCCCCCCCACAGCACUUUUAUCUCACACACUCCCCCCAAAUCUGGUAGCCACCUGGCUUAUCAAAUCAAAAAGCGUGAAAAUAUAUAGUAUUUAGCUCAAAAUCAUGGCUUUGAAAGCUUUAAUUUGAAAUUUGCAUGACAUACUGAACUAUGUGUCCUGCUGAAAUAGCUUAGUCUAGUGACUUUGGUAAAGGCCUGGAGCAAGACAUGGAAUUUGGCAUUACUUCACAAACCCUUUAAGUGAUGGCUUUGAUGCCUCAGGGCCAGGAUUUCUGUAGGGUAGCAGAUUGCAACCCCCCUCUUAGUUAUACAGUUAAGGAUAUUGCACUCAUCAUCAUCCUAACCUCUUGCAAACCAGCUGAUUUUUUUCUAAGUGAAUCUUGCAUCCUGCACUGAGUGAAAUCAGCCUCUUCUUAUCCUCUUGUUUGAUAAGUUCUGUGGAGACCAGACAGAGGUUGGAGAAGGGCUCUAGGCUUAAUUUGCAGAAAGGCCAGGUAUUCCUUUCUGUUCAUUACUUCUCACUGUGUCAAGGCGAGAGGCUCCCCCUUUCUGGUGAACCAUGUUUUAAAGUGUACAAAAUAAAUAUAAACCAGACGCCAGGUGCCUUGCAGAUGUGGAAAUGCAGAUAGAAUUGUUGCUGCCUCCUCUCACUCGAUGGCAUGUUGGGCUGAAUGGAUGCAUGUUCCAAGGUGUUUUUUUUCUCCCUAUCUUUCCUCCCCAGUCCUUCUGUUUCAGUUACGUUUUUGAUUUUGUUUUACAAAUACCUGUUUUAUCCUCUUUGUAUGCAGCAUUUUAAAAUGGAAGAAAAUGAACAGCCCUGUAGCGGAAUCCUUUGCGUGUGUUUGGGGUGAGGGAGGGGGCAUGGAGAAAAGUCCUUAAAAAUAAAAUACUGAACAUGUGUAAAAUCCUGUAUCAUUUAUUAAAUAUGUAUAAAAGAGCAAUGUACUUCUGGAACAAUAAAUAACUAUUCAGUUUUUGAAA